GCUGAGGGGACGCGGCGCUGGGUGAGCGCGCCGGGGAAGAGAGGCGAGCAGGGAGUGGAGGAGGAGGCGGCGGCGGCGGGAGCGCUCCCCAGGAAUGUCGCUGCCGCCGCCACCGCCGGGGCCGCUGCCGUUGAGGAGGAGACGGAGGAGACCCACGGUGUUAGGAAGAUGAUCGUUAUGAUCUUGAAGACCUUUCUGCAUAGAAAUGAGGGAAGUACAAAGAACCAAAUAUAGUUCUGAACUUUCGGAUCUGUAUUUUGAGAUGAUUUUAUUUUCAGAAUGAGAAGUAUAUCUGGUUAUCUUUAUGAAUGUAGAGACAUGAGAAGAGAGUUAUGAUGGCAAAAAACAAAGAGCCUCGCCCCCCAUCCUAUACGAUCAGUGUAGUUGGACUCUCUGGGACUGAAAAAGACAAAGGUAACUGUGGAGUUGGAAAGUCUUGUUUGUGCAAUAGAUUUGUACGCUCAAAAGCAGAUGAAUAUUACCCAGAGCAUACUUCUGUGCUUAGCACCAUUGACUUUGGAGGACGAGUAGUAAACAAUGAUCACUUUUUGUACUGGGGUGACAUAACACAAAAUGGUGAAGAUGGAGUAGAAUGCAAAAUUCAUGUCAUUGAACAAACAGAGUUCAUUGAUGACCAGACUUUCUUGCCUCAUCGGAGUACGAAUUUGCAACCAUAUAUAAAACGUGCAGCUGCCUCUAAAUUGCAGUCAGCAGAAAAACUAAUGUACAUUUGCACUGAUCAGCUGGGCUUGGAACAAGACUUUGAGCAGAAGCAAAUGCCCGAAGGGAAGCUCAAUGUAGAUGGGUUUUUACUGUGCAUUGAUGUGAGUCAGGGAUGCAAUAGGAAGUUUGAUGAUCAACUUAAAUUUGUGAAUAAUCUUUUUGUCCAACUAUCAAAAUCAAAAAAGCCUGUAAUAAUAGCAGCAACUAAAUGUGAUGAGUGCGUGGAUCAUUAUCUUAGAGAAGUUCAGGCAUUUGCUUCAAACAAAAAGAACCUUCUUGUAGUGGAAACAUCAGCACGAUUUAAUGUCAACAUCGAGACAUGUUUCACUGCACUGGUACAAAUGUUGGAUAAAACUCGUGGCAAACCUAAAAUUAUUCCCUAUCUGGAUGCUUAUAAAACACAGCGACAACUUGUUGUCACAGCAACAGAUAAGUUUGAAAAACUUGUGCAGACUGUGAGAGAUUAUCAUGCAACUUGGAAAACUGUUAGUAAUAAAUUAAAAAAUCAUCCUGAUUAUGAAGAAUACAUCAACUUAGAGGGAACAAGAAAGGCCAGAAAUACAUUCUCAAAACAUAUAGAACAACUUAAACAAGAACACAUAAGAAAAAGGAGAGAAGAAUAUAUAAAUACUUUACCAAGAGCUUUUAAUACUCUUUUGCCAAACUUAGAAGAGAUUGAACAUUUGAAUUGGUCAGAAGCUUUGAAGUUAUUGGAAAAGAGAGCAGACUUUCAGUUAUGUUUUGUGGUGCUAGAAAAAACACCUUGGGAUGAAACUGACCAUAUAGACAAAAUUAAUGAUAGACGAAUCCCAUUUGACCUCCUGAGCACUUUAGAAGCUGAGAAAGUCUAUCAGAACCAUGUACAACAUCUAAUAUCAGAGAAAAGAAGGGUAGAAAUGAAGGAAAAAUUCAAAAAGACUUUGGAAAAAAUUCAGUUCAUUUCACCUGGGCAGCCGUGGGAAGAAGUUAUGUGCUUUGUUAUGGAGGAUGAAGCCUUCAAGUACAUCACAGAGGCUGAUAGCAAAGAGGUGUAUGGUAGGCAUCAGCGAGAAAUAGUUGAAAAAGCCAAAGAAGAGUUUCAGGAAAUGCUUUUUGAGCACUCUGAACUUUUUUAUGAUUUAGAUCUUAAUGCAACACCUAGUUCAGAUAAAAUGAGUGAAAUUCAUACAGUUUUGAGUGAAGAACCUAGAUAUAAAGCUUUACAGAAACUUGCACCUGAUAGGGAAUCUCUUCUACUUAAGCACAUAGGGUUUGUUUAUCACCCCACUAAAGAAACCUGUCUUAGUGGCCAAAAUUGUACAGACAUUAAAGUAGAGCAAUUACUUGCCAGUAGUCUUUUGCAGUUGGAUCAUGGCCGCUUACGGUUGUAUCAUGAUAGUACCAAUAUAGAUAAAGUUAACCUUUUCAUUUUAGGGAAGGAUGGCCUUGCCCAAGAACUAGCAAAUGAGAUAAGAACACAAUCCACUGAUGAUGAGUAUGCCUUAGAUGGAAAAAUUUAUGAACUUGAUCUUCGGCCAGUUGAUGCCAAGUCGCCUUACUUCUUAAGUCAAUUGUGGACUGCUGCCUUUAAACCACAUGGGUGCUUCUGUGUAUUUAAUUCCAUUGAGUCACUGAAUUUUAUUGGGGAAUUUAUUGGAAAAAUAAGAACUGAAGCUUCUCAGAUCAGAAAAGAUAAAUACAUGGCAAAUCUUCCAUUUACAUUAAUUCUGGCUAAUCAGAGAGAUUCCAUGAGUAAGAAUCUACCAAUUCUCAGGCACCAAGGGCAACAGUUGGCAAACAAGUUACAAUGUCCUUUUGUAGAUGUACCUCCUGGUACAUAUCCUCGUAAAUUUAAUGAAAGCCAAAUAAAGCAAGCUCUAAGAGGAGUAUUAGAAUCAGUUAAGCAUAAUUUAGAUGUGGUGAGCCCAGUUCCCACCAGUAAGGAUGUAUCAGAAGCUGACUUGAGAAUUGUCAUGUGUGCCAUGUGUGGUGAUCCCUUUAGUGUGGAUCUUAUUCUUUCACCCUUCCUUGAUUCUCAUUCUUGUAGUGCUGCUCAAGCUGGACAGAAUAAUUCCCUAAUGCUUGAUAAAAUCAUUGGUGAAAAAAGGAGGCGAAUACAGAUCACAAUAUUAUCAUACCAUUCUUCAAUUGGGGUAAGGAAAGAUGAACUAGUUCAUGGGUAUAUAUUAGUUUAUUCUGCCAAACGGAAAGCGUCAAUGGGAAUGCUUCGAGCAUUUCUAUCAGAAGUUCAAGACACCAUUCCUGUACAGCUGGUGGCAGUUACUGACAGCCAAGCAGAUUUUUUUGAAAAUGAGGCUAUCAAGGAGUUAAUGACUGAAGGAGAACACAUUGCAACUGAGAUCACUGCUAAGUUUACAGCACUGUAUUCUUUAUCUCAAUAUCAUCGACAAACUGAGGUCUUUACACUGUUUUUCAGUGAUGUUCUAGAGAAAAAAAAUAUGAUAGAAAAUUCCUAUUUAUCUGAUAAUACAAGGGAAUCAACCCAUCAAAGUGAGGAUGUUUUUCUACCAUCUCCCAGAGACUGUUUCCCCUAUAACAACUACCCUGAUUCAGAUGAUGAUACAGAAGCACCACCUCCUUAUAGUCCGAUUGGGGAUGAUGUACAGUUGCUUCCAACACCUAGUGACCGUUCCAGAUACAGAUUAGAUUUAGAAGGAAAUGAAUAUCCUAUUCAUAGCACCCCAAACUGUCAUGACCAUGAACGCAACCAUAAAGUGCCUCCACCUAUUAAACCUAAACCAGUUGUACCUAAGACAAAUGUGAAAAAACUGGAUCCAAACCUCUUAAAAACAAUUGAAGCUGGUAUUGGUAAAAAUCCAAGAAAACAGACUUCCCGGGUACCUUUGGCACAUCCUGAAGAUAUGGAUCCUUCAGAUAACUAUGCGGAACCCAUUGACACAAUUUUCAAACAGAAGGGCUAUUCUGAUGAGAUAUAUGUUGUCCCAGAUGAUAGUCAGACUCGCAUUAUUAAAAUUCGAAACUCAUUUGUAAAUAACACCCAAGGAGAUGAAGAAAAUGGAUUUUCUGAUAGAACCUCAAAAAGUCAUGGGGAAAGGAGGCCUUCAAAAUACAAAUAUAAAUCUAAAACGCUGUUUAGUAAAGCCAAGUCGUACUAUAGAAGAACACAUUCAGAUGCAAGUGAUGAUGAGGCUUUCACCACUUCUAAAACAAAAAGAAAAGGAAGACAUCGUGGAAGUGAAGAAGAUCCACUUCUUUCUCCUGUUGAAACUUGGAAAGGUGGUAUUGAUAAUCCUGCAAUCACUUCAGACCAGGAAUUAGAUGAUAAGAAAAUGAAGAAGAAAACCCACAAAGUAAAAGAAGAUAAAAAGCAGAAAAAGAAAACUAAGAACUUCAAUCCACCAACACGUAGAAAUUGGGAGAGUAAUUACUUUGGGAUGCCCCUCCAGGAUCUGGUGACAGCUGAGAAGCCCAUACCACUAUUUGUUGAAAAAUGUGUGGAAUUUAUUGAAGAUACAGGAUUAUGUACUGAAGGACUUUACCGUGUUAGUGGGAACAAAACUGAUCAAGACAAUAUUCAAAAGCAGUUUGAUCAAGAUCAUAAUAUCAGUCUCGUAUCAAUGGAAGUAACAGUAAAUGCUGUAGCUGGAGCUCUUAAAGCUUUCUUUGCAGAUCUGCCAGACCCGUUAAUUCCAUAUUCUCUUCAUCCAGAGCUAUUGGAAGCAGCAAAAAUUCCAGAUAAAACAGAACGUCUUCAUGCAUUGAAAGAAAUUGUUAAGAAAUUUCAUCCUGUAAACUAUGAUGUAUUCAGAUAUGUAAUAACACAUCUAAACAGGGUUAGUCAGCAAAACAAAAUCAACCUAAUGACAGCAGACAACUUAUCCAUCUGUUUUUGGCCAACCUUGAUGAGACCCGAUUUUGAAAAUCGAGAGUUUCUGUCUACUACUAAGAUCCAUCAGUCUGUUGUUGAAACAUUCAUUCAGCAGUGUCAGUUUUUCUUUUAUAAUGGAGAAAUUGUGGAAACUGUGAACACUGUGGCUCCUCCACCACCUUCAAACCCAGGACAGUUGGUGGAACCAAUGGUACCGCUUCAGUUGCCACCACCUUUGCAACCUCAGCUGAUUCAACCACAGUUACAGACAGAUCCUCUUGGUAUUAUAUAAGUACGAAUUGAUUGCAGACAGCCUGAAUUUGGACAAAAAGCAAAUCUAGGCAUGCAUGUUUCAGGGUUCAGUAGUAUACUUGAUUUUUCUUACAGGUAAUUCACAGUCAAAAUGAUGAGACAUUUUCUCUUUGAACUAUAUGGUAUAAUUCCUUAGUCAUUUACAUUCAAAUCUAACAUGUGAUAAGCAUGACUGGAGAGGUUUAAUUUUUAUAAACAAAAAUAGCUAUAAAAUACAAAGCUGCUGUUGCAUGCAACCUUAUUGCAAUCAGUAUAUCAUUCCUGUGGCAUUUUGUCACAUUAUAUUGUGAAUAAAAUUUUUCUAUAGAAAUUAAAUGAUUUAAAAACUCACAUAUAUGAAACAUUUAAUGCUUUUCAGCCUGCUUUAUGGCUGAUUUUGUUAUUUGAUGUGCUGAUUUGGGCAACUUAAUUUACAUUUUAGCAGUCUGUGUAGAUAACUAAAAGCCCAGUUAAGUAUUUUAUAAUUUCAGGCUACUUAUGCCAUGCUUGGGAUGUUGUUUGAAAGAAAGAAAAAUACACUUAUCAUAUUUCUGCACCUUCAUCUUUACUUCUAAAUAAACCUGUGGAUGAUUUGAUGAGGGGUAAAUGAACAUAUUUCUUGUACACGCAUACCAAGGAUAUACUUGUGGCUAAAGUGAGUUGAUAAUAUUGUGCAAAGGAUAGUUGUCACCAACUCAUUUCUUUAUGGUCCAUAAUGAAAUAAACAUCUUGUAUACUGUUAAUUCUGUAAACAGAUGCAUGUUCAAAAGAUCUAUGAUGGUCUUGUAAUCUUAAUCUAAUAUAUUUUAGAUAUUUUAAUUUUUUCCCUCUUGGGAAAUACAUUUAGUAUAGUGUAGAAAAUACUUCAUGACAUUUUCAUAUAAGGUUAUAUAACUUUUCGUACAUAAACAUGAAAUUUGUUGUAGAAAAUUCUUUAAACCAAACAUUUUAAUCUAGGACUUCAAUUUAAUCUGUUCCUUGAAUCUAUUUUUAUGUGGCCCUUAAAAACAUAUCCAAAAAUCCAUUGCUAAUAUAGCAAUAAAAAUACUUUGGGUACUGACAGCCUCUUUGGAGUGUGUAUAUAUAAAGUUGCAAACGUGUAUUCAUAUUCUUUUCUGUGAUAUGUUGUACUAAAAUCCAAAAUGCUUUUGCACCAUUUUUUAAAACAAUUUUUUCUUUUGAUGUUGGUACCAGAUUUGCUGUAAAUGAUUGCUGCUUUGGGGGUUAAACAUUAUGUUAGUAAAGAUCCAAUCAGAACACUAAAUUAUGGAUAAAAAUUUCAGAACUGGUGGCAUAAAUUUUUUUAGGCUUUAUUCAAAAUUUAUUACCAAACCAUGCCAUUUUUUUCUGGAAAGGAAAAAAAAAUGGUUUGUUUUUCCUUGUUAGGUUAUCUUUUCCUGUAGGAAAGAGGAAAUUCUUUGGUCCGUGUUGUAAUCCUCAUUCAUAAUACAAUUUUAAGGUUGUCUUAUGUGUAUUAUAGUAAAUAGAUGAUUUUGAGAUUGGAGGCUCCUAAGAGUUUGAUUUGCUCCAUUUUUCCCUAAAAUAAAUACCGUCUUUCCCAACUGUUAUGUCCUAGGUAUUGUACUUCUAAUUUUAACUUCAGAAUCAAGAUGUCAACAUCAACCAGGCUGCUGUUGAAGUACAUGUAUAUUAUAAAUUAUCUUAUUUGUGUUAUACUCUUACAUGUUAUUAUCUUUUCUAAGAAAACAAAGUCCCUAUUAUUCCUAUUGCAAAGCACACAGGAAUUAAGAAAGUACAGUAAUUUUUAAAAAGAAAAAUCCGGUAAAUGUAGUAUUCUUAACUUGUUCUAUAUUACUUAAUAACCUAUUGUCUAUAUAGCUUUAAUUUAUAGCUGUCAGUUUAACAUUGGCAUGUCUGGCAAAGAAAAUUAAACUUUAAGAGUUUUAUAAACUGUUUCUAGGUUGCUAAAGAAUUUAUUUUUCUACUAUAUAUGGUAUAGACAAAGCUCAAAACUAUGUACAGGAAAAAAGCCUGACUAUUUCUUUUGGAAGUAGGCUGAAAAGAGAAUUUUCAGAACUGUUCUUGUCUUCAGUUCAUUUGGUCAUGACUUUGCUAUUGUAAUAUGUGAAUCCCAGUUUAUUUAAGCUAUUCUCUUUUAUACUUUGUUAAUUUAACUUUCAUGUACAUUAAGUACCAUUUUUGUUAUUAAAACAAGCAUUUAUCAUUUUCCACAUUAACUACCUUACACCUUCCCCAAAACUUAUCUCCACUUUUCUAUGCAUUCUAUAAUUGAUUGAAAAGCUUCGUAGUGGGUCAUUUAAAAUUCUACAUUUGGUUCAAUUAACCUAUAGGUUUCAGUUAAUUGAAAAUUAAAGUACAGUUUAAAGCUCAGUCUGUUACACUGAAUUGAUUGCGUUUGUUUUUGCCAAGGGUUUAGAUAUGUUUUUAAAUAUUAGAAAAAUAAUUCUAAGAACAGAAUAAUAUAAUUAAACUUUGCUUUGGUAAGUUACUGGAAGGUCUCACUGUUUAGGGACAUAUUAUAUAUGAGACUUAAAGGAUGAAAAGGAUAUUAGAUAGUCUCAUAAUUAUGGGUAAACAUUAAGGCAUUAUAUUUUACAAUUUUAAAUAAAAUUCCAUCUACACACAUGUUGCCAUUGUUUCAUUUAAGCUUCAGUGCUUGUAGUUACUACAAUAUUGUACUUAACAGUGGUUAGGUUAGCAAUAUAAAGAUGCAUAGUGGUACUCCUUUUCAAAUUUUUAAUAGAUUUAUUGGAAGUCAAAUUUUAUUCAACAGACACUAGGAUAUACAAUUAAUUUUAGAACAAAAUUCCAGGCAUAAUGUAUUUCCAUUUGAAAUGGUAUUUGUUUAGUGCUUUUUCCCCCCUAACAUUGACGAUGUAAAUACUGUGUAGGUAACCACAAUCUAACUUAGCCAAAAAGCAGCUUUUAUUUUCCAUACUGUGUGUAAAUAAUGUAGACCCCUUUUUUUUUUUUAGGUACUGGAAUUUAAUUUCUAAUAUCUCUUAGAUAUAAACAAAAGGGAACAAUUGGAAUAAGAUUUAGGCCUUAGCUUCCAUGGUGAUUUUUAGUUUUUUAUACGGUAAUAAUUGUGAUGCUAUUUGUCAACUGGAUAUAAAUAUAUAUAUAAUUUUAAAAAGUCAAAA